GCAAAGGGAUGGUGGGACGAUGAGUUAAUCUAACCUAACCACGGUUAAAAGGUGUGUUAGGGUUAGGCCCGGCGGCACCUGCUAUUAUAUAGAAAUAUCCUCCGCUCAUUUCGUCUCUCGACUCUCCAGGAGCUCUCGGCUGCGCGCUUUCUAACAGGCCAUCAAUUGUUGUUUCAGCUGUUGCUGUAAUUCUUCAGAAUGGCAGAUGGUCAUGAGACUGAUAAGAACAUUGAGAUUUGGAAGAUUAAGAAACUGAUCAAGGCACUUGAAGCUGCAAGGGGUAAUGGAACCAGCAUGAUUUCUCUCAUCAUGCCUCCCCGGGAUCAGAUUUCUCGUGUUACUAAGAUGCUUGGUGAUGAAUUUGGAACUGCAUCAAACAUUAAGAGCAGGGUGAAUCGACAGUCUGUUCUUGGGGCUAUUACAUCCGCUCAGCAGAGGCUCAAGCUUUACAACAAAGUUCCUCCGAAUGGGCUUGUGCUGUACACAGGGACCAUUGUUACUGACGAUGGGAAGGAAAAAAAGGUCACCAUUGAUUUUGAGCCUUUCAGGCCAAUCAAUGCAUCUCUUUACCUCUGUGACAACAAGUUUCAUAUUGAAGCUCUGAAUGAACUCUUAGAAUCUGAUGACAAGUUUGGUUUCAUUGUCAUGGACGGAAAUGGGACACUUUUUGGGACACUAAGCGGAAACACUAGGGAGGUGCUUCAUAAAUUUAGUGUCGACCUUCCAAAGAAGCACGGAAGAGGAGGGCAGUCAGCUCUACGUUUUGCUCGUCUUCGAAUGGAGAAGCGCCACAACUAUGUUAGAAAGACAGCAGAGCUUGCCACACAGUUUUUUAUUAAUCCUGCCACCAGUCAGCCCAAUGUUUCAGGAUUAAUACUGGCUGGGUCAGCUGACUUCAAAACAGAGCUUAGUCAGUCAGAUAUGUUUGAUCCUCGUCUGCAAGCCAAAAUACUGAACGUGGUGGAUGUUUCUUAUGGAGGAGAGAACGGUUUCAACCAGGCUAUUGAGCUGUCAGCGGAGAUCCUGUCCAAUGUGAAAUUCAUUCAGGAGAAGAAGUUGAUAGGAAAAUACUUUGAGGAGAUUAGCCAGGAUACAGGAAAGUAUGUUUUUGGUGUGGAGGACACACUAAAAGCUCUAGAGAUGGGUGCUGUCGAGAUUCUUAUUGUGUGGGAAAGUUUGGACAUCAAUCGGUAUGUGCUGAAAAAUACAACUACUGGUGAGAUUAUAGUGAAGCAUUUCAACAAGGAGCAGGAGAACAAUCAGAGCAACUUCCGGGAUGCUAACAAUGCGGAGCUAGAGGUUCAGGAGAAGACGUCACUGCUGGAGUGGUUUGCUAAUGAGUACAGGCGGUUUGGUUGUAGUCUUGAGUUUGUCACCAACAAGUCACAGGAGGGGUCACAGUUCUGCCGUGGUUUUGGUGGCAUUGGAGGAAUUCUUCGCUACCAGCUUGAUAUGAGGUCGUUUGAUGAGUUUUCUGACGAUGGAGAAGCUUAUGAUGAUUCUGAAUAGCAAUCAAUCAACUCUUCCCCAAAACUGGUGCAGCAAGGUGGGGUGCAAAAUGCCUGCACCAGUGCGCUCGGAGUUGUGGUUUCUGCUGCUGCUGCUCCUGAGCUAUUCUCAGAAACAUUCUCAGGCUUGAUUGAGGACAUUACAAAUACAUUGUUAUCUGAUCCCAAAAACCUUGAUCUGGUGAUUUCAUCUGGAUCGCAGAAGAGGCAAGGAAAACCGAUCAUCUGGAACGAGGACACAAUGCCGAGAGCUGCUGCUCCCUGUGGAUCAGGACCUUCCGAACAUAUGCACCCGUGCAUCGAGAACCCCUUUAUGAUGCUGGAUUGUGGUCCUUGGGGUAGUGCUUUCGGUUAAGUUGUUGUAUUUGGUGGUGUACUUGUGACUUAAGCCGUUACUGUCUUGUGGAACAAUUUCCUAGCGUCGUCGCGGCGGCUCGUCUUUGAGAUGAAGCCGGGCUGAAUAAUCAUGUUUGAACUAGUAGUUCUCUUUCUCUUAUGUGCGUCUGAUGACUCUGAAGAAGUAAUCUAUGCUUCUUCUGGCUAGUAAUCCUGUUUAUUUGGUGCUUUUGAAUCCUUUUGGUGCUCGUCCUGCGAUAUGUGGAUUUGUCGUUAAAUUCGUUGAUCUAGCAAAGAACGGCACAAUUUUGCAAGAUCAAUGGACGUGAUUGGUUCCUCUGUUUA